UGUUUGGACAGAUUGGAGCCCUGUUUUACACAGCCGAGCCGAGUGGCUUUGUGUGCUCUGCCAGAGUCUUCUUUCCGGCCAUAGCUUUCUCUUCUGUGUUCAGCAUGCUGCUCAUGAAGUCGAUUCGGAUUUACAUCAUAUUUGGAUACAAAAAACUGCGAGCCAUCAAAGCAUCCGACACCAAGCUUAUAUUGGCAACCUUGGCCGUUGUCGUGCUCGAGAUCGCACUAUGCGCAGUGUGGGUGCUAGUCGAGCGCCCCAUGGCCGAGACCGGUGGAGUUCUGUAUGCCACUGUGUGUGCCUCUUCGGGGAGCUCGGUUGCCGUCUUUGAAUCGCUGCUGUACAUCAUCAACGGCCUCGUUGUUCUCGGAUGUGUGGGCUUUGCCUACCUCACUCGAGGCGCCCACGAGCGAUUCAAAGAGUCCAAGACGAUUGCCGUUUGCAGCUACGCCGUCGCUGGCGCCGUCAUUCUGGGCCUUCCGCUGGCCUACAUCCUCGCCGGCAACUCCGAUUCAUCCACGAUGUUCUUCUCGGGAAGACUGGUGAUUGUUUGCCUGAUCCUCGGGGCAUCUACCCUGGUGCCAAUCGCACUAUUCAGCUCCCGGCUCGUCAGGGCCAUACGCACUGAUGCAGAUGACGGUCCGGACUCGCAAGUCCCCACCCGUAAAGGAAGCUUCCAGGCAUCCUCAGACACCAAAGGUGCUGCCGCUGCCGAUGUAACCGUGUAUGCUUAUGAAUGUGGCGUUCAAGGGCUCAAGUUUGGCGGUGCCUGGGCCUCGUCCAACGUGUUGGUUCUGUCGAUGCUGGACCUAAUCGAGUUCCGAGAGCCCGGAUCCAGCGGCGCUAUACAGGCAUCGUUCCGGCUUUCUGAAUGCGAGUGUCAAUUACAAGAACCCUCGACCGGCGCAGACAAGGAGAGUGCCUCUUCCAAAACGGUCUUGCUCCGAAGAAACAAGAAGGCGAUCGUGAUAGAGUUUGAGUCUUCAGAGGCCGCAGAGAUGUUCCUGGACAACCACCGAGAUGCCAAAGCUCGUCCAGCGACCUUCAAGACUGCAGGCGUCGGGUUCUUGGCGAACAACCCGAAGCGCGAUGAUGGCAUAUUCGGAAUGGUUGGCAAAGCUAACUCCAUUACCAGAUCAAAGUCGUUCAACGGGAGCAUCAGCAGCAACCAUCUUGACACGCAAGUUGUCAACAGCGCCAACAACCUGAGCAGCACCAACAAUGUGAACAGUGCAAACAACCUGAAUACCGGCUUCAGCCUGGCCGGAAACCAAACUCUCAGCGUGAAUGCCGCGGCAAUGCCAGCAACCCCAACCCGUAGACACUCUGCACACGGAGCCAUCCCAAAGAUCAUGAGGACGAGUGAGCUAUGACGGUGUUGGCUAGAACGAACCGGCAAUACCCGACGGAGCAGCCGAGCAGUAGUACUCGGGAGAUCAAUCUCAAUAUAUGAUGGUGGGGUUGCAUAUCGGCGAGCGUCCUUGGCUGCAUUGGCAGCACCCGUUCUGG